ACUGCGCAGGCGCCAACGGAGGAAGAGGCGGAGUAGGCCAAACAAUGGCCGCCGCGGUUGCGCAUGCGCAGAGCCUCCCGUGCCUUUAAUGGCUGCCGGCCUGCUCCUGCCUGCGUAGGUUUCCCUGUUCUGUUUCGGGAUGCCGCAAAGGCCCGGGGAGGACGAGGAGGAGGAGGUUGCGCAGAGGCGGGGGCAGGAGGGGCUGCGGUCGGUGAACAGCCGGGAGCCCUGCCAGGUCAUCUUCUGCAACCGCACCCCGCGCGUGGUCAGCCCCGUCUGGCUGGACUUCGAGGGCGCCCCCCGGCCCUACCCCAGCCUCAGGCCCGGCACCGGACGCAGGAUGCGCAGCUACCGCGAACACCUCUGGUUGUUCAGAGAUGCUGGGACAGACGAUAGUCUACUUGUCAACCAGGCAGAACUGUUUGUAGCCACUCGCAAUACAAAUGGGCAACCCAUACUUGCAAAUAUUACAUUACCAGUGUUCACUCUGAAAGAAAGAUGUCUUCAAGUUGUCCGCACUUUAGUAAAGCCAGUAGACUACAGGAAAUUAGACAUUGUUCGAUCACUAUAUGAAGAUCUAGAAGAUCAUCCAGACAUUAGGAAGGAUCUUCAGCGACUUUCUUUGGAAAGGGGUAAAAAGUUAAAGACUGAAGACCCUAAUAGAAAUGAAGAGCCAUGGUAAUCCCGAUAAAAAUGAAGAAUAUGUGAAGAGUCGUGGAGAUCACGAUAGAAGUGAAUAACUGAAAAAGUUACUUUUUUAAUAAACUGGUGCACACAAGAAGCAUUAACUGUACUUUAUGAACUGAACAUGACCCUUUCAUAGUGGUAUGGAACACCAGCUUCUUCUGAUAUAGCCUGUGUUACAUCAUUCUCUGAGGACAACUGUAGUCAUGUGGCAAUGAAAUUAGGGGCUACCAUGUUAGCUGAAAAUACUUGGCUGAAUCUUGCCUUAGCUAGACCUAUGCAAACAUUAGACCAAGUAUUAAAUUGUCUCCCAAUUGUAUAUGGUAGAAGAUGACAUUUGAGAAAGCUGUUUUCAUAUGGCUCCUCCCAUAUUUAAUCAUUUUAUUAUAACUGAUUGUGAAACACCCAUUAGUUAUUAGAAGUUGGGUGAGUUAAUUUUCAUACCAAAGGGUAAAUAAUUAUUCUUCAGUUGUAACUCAGCAUGUAUAAUCAUACAGAUCAAAUAAGAGAGAGCGGGAUGAAUCUGUAUUUUCUUGCACCAGUGGUUUCUUACAGGUCAGUGUUGUUUCAAAUGGUGCUUCCAGUGUGCAGAAUAUGUACACUUCUGCUAUACUUUACCUAUCUUUGUCUGGCUUACUGUAAAACAACAACAAUGAUAUGGUGGAAACAAAGUCAAAAGCUGUUUGCUUCUGAGGAAUCACUGAUUACCCCCUCUUCAUCCAAAACAAUAACCUGAUAAGCCUGCUGUAUAGGCAGAGUAUGAGCAGUUCACAAAUUUCCUCUUAUUCCUCUCUUACUACUGCAAUGGAAGUAAAAGAAACAAAUGUGAAUAUAAUAGCCUGACUCUUCUUAGGUGGACCAAGCAAGUGUGUAUCACCAGAUGUUGUUUGAAAAAAAGCAACUUUUCUUGCCUUUUCUAAUCUCAAUUUUACAUUCCUCUAUAAGUCCUUGAGGCAUUACAAAACUGGUUUAUAAAAUAUUUUUUCUUUGAUCUAUAAAGGUGUUCAGUGUUCAGUUUUUUCCCUAUUUAUCAAUACAUCUGUUUGCAGUUAUUAUGUUUUGAAUGACUGCAAUUGUCAUUCAUCACAUUUUCACUAUUCAGUUUUGUAAACUUAAUUCCAGUUGAACACAUAUAAAAGAGCACCUAUAAAAUGAAGUUGUUAGCAAUAUCAGUAUGUACUAUAUUUGUUGUGAAUUGUUACCUUCUGUAAAAUUGUGAGUUUGUGAUGUUAGGUGUCUACCGACUGAAAAUUUGUUUUAAAAACCUUGAAUGUCUUCAUAUUUUAUAAGUCUGUACCUUAUAUGUUGCGGACAAACCUACUGGUGAGAUCAGCUGCCCACACUUGCCUCUAUGAAUGGCAUUUUUACACGUGUUAUUAAGAACUUUGUGGCAUUAAAAACAGAUUCUUAUUCACAGCA